AUGCAUCUGGAAAAACAGAUGCUAGUAAAUCAGGUUGAAGCACCUUUCAGAUAGUCGGUUGAUAACUGUUGCCAUGGCUUGUCUAACCACCAGGUUUGUCUAACUGCUGUUGUGUUGCUGCUAAUGUUCAAAUAGGCCCACUUGCCUAGUGUCUAAACAUUCAGCAACCACUGGGAUAUCAAUUGUAUGUCCUUGAUUUCUCACAUCCUCCCUUCUCAAAGCACAUUGGAGCAGAACAUCUGAGGUUCUUCCCCUCUGAUGUUCUGCUCAAAUGCGUUUUGAGAAGGAGGCAAGGACAGAAGAUGUGAGGAUCAAGUAAAUACAAUUGAGGUUCACCCUGGUGUUGUUGUCAUAACUUCUAGGAAGCCUAUAGCCAGAGGUGACACUUCUACCCUUCUCAUCCUCACCCAGAAUAAAGGCUCCCUCCAGUUUGAGGAUAAGUGGGAUUUAAUGCGUCCUAUCGUCCUGAAGCUGCUCCGUCAGGAGUCAGUCACCAAGCAGCAGUGGUUCGACCUCUUUUCGUGAGUAUGGCCACUCAGUCCAUGUCCAUGUGCUCUCAGUCAUACAGAUAUUGUAUUCAUUAGUGCACACCACGUUUUGCAAUGGAUAUUGUAAACAAGCGUUUCUUAUUAGACAAGUCCAGGCAGUUCGCUUCCGUUUGUUUCCUAGUGAAUAUGACCCAAGAGCCUGUUGCAAAACGUUCAAAUAAAAAUGUAUGGUUUAGAACAGAUUGCCUUACUGUCAGAUAUAUUAAAGAAUUGUGGUGUCAGCUCUAUCCAUUAUUUUUCUAUCUUCAACAUUCAGAACGUUUCGCAUCCCUUAAUAGACUAUACCCCAAGAGAAAAGGCUGUCAUUCUGUUAAUUCCAGGUGUUUUCCAUUAACGCCUGUCUCAGCUGUUAGACUGACAGAUGGAUUGAACCACAUAUCCCUCCUCCCCAUUCCUCCAAUCCCCUCAUCCGAUCUCUUGGUUUCCAUAGAGAUGUCCAUGCAGUAUGCCUAUGGGAUGACAAGGGGCCGGCCAAGAUUCACCAGGCCCUGAAGGCGGACAUCUUAGACUUCAUCAAGCAAGCACAAGCGGUAGGUAGGCCUGCUAGGUCUCACUACCAUUGAAUGGACUGUGCUAUUCCCUCACUGAGUACCACUAAUGCUAGCUAGCUAGCUAUCAAGCUAGCUGUGCCAGUAGGCUACCGAGUAACAACGCAAUCUACUAGCCUACCCCUGAGAACCAAUAUUUUCAAUGCUAUAUAAUCCAUAACAAUGCCCUCAACUGCUCUCUCCCCCUACUACAUGUGUUGAGUAACCAAGCAGACUGUCUAUUACCCCCAGUUUUUCCAACGGCAUAAAGUCCAUAACAGGGACCUGCGCUCUCCCCCACAGCGGGUGUUGAGUCACCAGGACGACACGGCACUGCUGAAGGCCUACAUCGUGGAGUGGAGGAAGUUCUUCACGCAGUGCGACAUCCUUCCCAAACCCUUCUGCCAGCUGGAGAUCACGCUCAUGGGCAAACAGGGCAGCAACAAGAAGUCUAACGUAGAGGACAGCAUCGUACGGAAGGUGAGGAGAUAGGGAGGAAUACAUGGGAGUGGGGAGGGGAAUGUGACAGAUGAUCACAUGCUAACAGGGCAGCAGCAGUAUUUGUAAUGAUAUAAGAGAAUUUCCGGUUGGCAUGAGGAAAUGUUGCCGCCUAUAGAUUCCGUCUAUCCCUGCUCAUGUAUCCAUAUACUGUAUCUCCUUUUACUGUUACUUCUAUUACCUUGUAGCUAUGGGGUGGCAAGGGGUGUAGAAUGUAGAGAGACUAGGUAGCAUCCGGAGGAUUGUCAGUUCAAAUCCCGAGAUUGAGGGGGCCAAAAUGUCGGUGUGUGAACCAGCAACCGGAGGGAUGCUGUUGUCAAAUCAUGUCAUCGCCUGCUGUUGUACCCUUGAGCAAGGCACUAGAUUAAGCAAAAAGAUAAAUUGAAUUUUUUGGGGAUAUAUGGACAAGGUAAUGUUCUUCUAAUCUUCAUUUUCUAUGCCCUCAGCUCAUGCUGGACACGUGGAACGAGUCCAUCUUCUCCAACAUCAAGAACAGGCUGCAGGACAGCGCCAUGAAGCUGGUGCACGCCGAGCGCCUGGGGGAGGCCUUCGACUCUCAGCUGGUCAUCGGCGUCAGGGAGUCCUACGGUGAGCAAAACAUUACUGUCUCCUUUAGCUGUCAGAGAAUGGUGCCUAAUGAACACGAGCCAUAUCUUUGGUGUAUGUAUACCAUACCAAUGGAUUGAUUUACCAAAUCUCUGUGCCAAAUUGGAGUAAUCUUUAAUGUGAAUUUUGGUGUGAAGCCCCUAAAGACAUCAAUGCAGGAUGUACGUGAAAAUGUGAGGUACUACAAUUUUAGAAUUCGGCUAUGUAGUGUGAAUGAGAAAAAUCUACUCUUAACUCCACACCACAAAGAUGCCUGAAAUUCUCCUGGGUAGUGUUCAUAUCGCAGAAAACUGAAGAAAACCUACCAAAACAGGAAGGGACUAAUUGGACUCAUCCCUUAAGAAAUGCUAAUUUCUAAAACGUUGCAUGUUAAUGAACUUGGACCCCUGGGGACUUCCCUCCCUGUCUUCCCUCUGCAGUGAACCUGUGCUCAAACCCAGACGACAAGUUGCAGAUCUACAGAGAUAACUUUGAGAAGGCCUACAUGGACUCCACCGAAAGAUUCUACAGAACACAGGCCCCCUCCUACCUGCAGCAGAACGGAGUCCAGAACUACAUGAAAUACGUGAGUAGGACUAGGAACUUUUCCAAAAUUCCCAGGUGGUUUUCUAGAAAUUGUAGUUGGAGGACUCCUGUGCUUCCUGCUUAUUCCCUCCUUUUUCCAGGAAUAUUCCAACUGGGAUUUCUGGAAAACCUGGGAAGUUUUGUAAACGUACUGUAAUUUUGCAACCCUAAAAAGGACCCUUGGUCAUACACCACACAUCGAGUUAUAAGCUGAAUUCCAAAUGGACGUGCCUAGUCCAUACCCCUCAGGUGCUCAUGUAGAUUUGAAACAAUUGGUGUAAGCCAUAUGGUGCAAAUCCCAUCCAGCCUAUCCGAAGGCAAGGUGAAGCAAUGACCACACUGCUUAAACUUAUCCGGUCCUUUCAGGUCUACAUGAGUGCCUAGGGGUUGUUUUGGAAUUCCGUGAUUACAGCGGUCGAAAACAAUCGGUAAUGGACAAGUACUGUUUCUGCAGUUCCCUUGUGAUUUCUCAGUUGGGUUACAAAAUAUUAUUUGGGAUCUGGCUUGAAUAAGCAGGAAAUUCAGCAAUCCUCCAACUGGGAUUUCUGGAAAACCUGAGAAUUUUGAGAAAGUUACUGGAAUUUUACAACUCUAUUUCUCAGCAACUUGCCCCAGGUUCUAGACCAGGGUUCUUCAAUUCCGGUCCUGGAGGGCCGAAACACCUCUGUUUUUCAUCCUCUUCUUCUAAUCAGGGGCUAAUUCAGACCUGGGACACCAGGUGAGUGCAAUUAACUACCAGGUAGAAAUAGAAAACAGAAGUGUUUCGGCCCUCCAGGACCGGAAUUGAAGAACCCUGUUCUAGACUGUCUGUUAUCUAGGCUAUCCAUCUGAGGUGGAACCAACGUGCGUGUCUCUGUGUGUUCUAACAGGCAGACGCCAAGUUGAGAGAGGAGGAGAAACGGGCGUUGCGCUAUUUGGAGACGAGACGUGAAUGUAACUCUGUACAAGCAGUGAGUAUACUACAGUGAGGGGAAAAAAGUAUUUGAUCCCCUGCUGAUUUUGUACGUUUGCCCACUGACAAAGAAAUAAUCAGUCUAUAAUUUUAAUGGUAGGUUUAUUUGAACAGUGAGAGACAGAAUAACAACAAAAUAAUCCAGAAAAAUGCAUGUCAAAAAUGUUAUAAAUUGAUUUGCAUUUUAAUGAUGGAAAUAAGUAUUUGACCCCCUCUCAAUCAGAAAGAUUUCUGGCUCCCAGGUGUCUUUUAUACAGGUAAUGAGCUGAGAUUAGGAGCAUACUCUUAAAGGGAGUGCUCCUAAUCUCAGCUUGUUACCUGUAUAAAAGACACCUGUCCACAGAAGCAAUCAAUCAAUCAGAUUCCAAACUCCACCAUGGCCAAGACCAAAGAGCUCUCCAAGGAUGUCAGGGACAAGAAUGUAGACCUACACAAGGCUGGAAUGGGCUACAAGACCAUCGCCAAGCAGCUUGGUGAGAAGGUGACAACAGUUGGUGUGAUUAUUCGCAAAUGGAAGAAACACAAAAGAACUGUCAAUCUCCCUCGGCCUGGGGCUCCAUGCAAGAUCUCACCUCGUGGAGUUGCAAUGAUCAUGAGAACGGUGAGGAAUCAGCCCAGAACUACACGGGAAGAUCUUGUCAAUGAUCUCAAGGCAGCUGGGACCAUAGUCACCAAGAAAACAAUUGGUAACACACUACGCCAUGAAGGACUGAAAUCCUGCAGCGCCUGCAAGGUCCCCCUGCUCAAGAAAGCACAUAUAAAGGCCCGUCUGAAGUUUGCCAAUGAACAUCUGAAUGAUUCAGAGGAGAACUGGGUGAAAGUGUUGUGGUCAGAAGAGACCAGAAUCGAGCUCUUUGGCAUCAACUCAACUCGCCGUGUUUGGAGGAGGAGGAAUGCUGCCUAUGACCCCAAGAACACCAUCCCCACCGUCAAACAAGGAGGUGGAAACAUUAUGCUUUGGGGGUGUUUUUCUGCUAAGGGGACAGGACAACUUCACAGCAUCAAAGGGACGAUGGACGGGGCCAUGUACCGUCAAAUUUUGGGUGAGAACCUCCUUCCCUCAGCCAGGGCAUUGAAAAUGGGUCGUGGAUGGGUAUUCCAGCAUGACAAUGACCCAAAACACACGGCCAAGGCAACAAAGGAGUAGCUCAAGAAGAAGCACAUUAAGGUCCUGGAGUGGCCUAGCCAGUCUCCAGACCUUAAUCCCAUAUAAAGUCUGUGGAGGGAGCUGAAGGUUUGAGUUGCCAAACGUCAGCCUCGUAACCUUAAUGACUUGGAGAAGAUCUGCAAAGAGGAUUGGGACAAAAUCCCUCCUGAGAUGUGUGCAAACCUGGUGGCCAACUACAAGAAACGUCUGACCUCUGUGAUUGCCAACAAGGAUUUUGCCACCAAGUACUAAGUCAUGUUUUGCAGAGGGGUCAAAUACUUAUUUCCCUCAUUAAAAUGCAAAUCAAUUUAUAACAUUUUUGACAUGCGUUUUUCUGGAUUUUUUUUUUGUUAUUCUGUCUCUCACUGUUCAAAUAAACCUACCAUUAAAAUUAUAGACUGAUCAUCUCUUUGUCAGUGGGUAAAUGUACGAAAUCAGCAGGGGAUCAAAUACUUUUUUUUCCCUCACUGUAUAUCCCCACCUGUGUAUGUGAAUAUUAUGGGCUGUAGUAGGGUCUGUCUUUAAAGUGGGGGAGCUUUCACAUUCAGAGCAGGGGCAUAUUCAUUAGAGCACGAAAUGUUUUGAAACUGAGGUGCUACUGCAACCAUAUGACUGUUUAUACCGUUUUUACUGAUGGGUCAUUACACGAAUAAAGCACAUUUUGUUUAAGUUGGUAAAUAUAUAAAACAAAAAAGGUUCAACUUCAUUAAAACAUUUUUUCCCAUCUCAAGAGGGUAAAAAAAAAAAAAAAAAAGCUAAGAAAGUGCCAUUAAAGUAACAGGGUUAAGGUUUUCAUCUUAAAUCAACCAUAAUUACCCUUGUGGCAGGGGGAAUGGAAGCGUGUUAUUGGGAGGGGCAAUUGAAUUCAAGCUUCACAAAAAUGUUUUAAUUGUUAACAUUUCUAGCCUAUCUGGGUAACAGGGUUGAUGUGUUUUAAUGCUCAACUCGCUCAGUUUUUCCACCACAAAACACCAGGCAAUGGCCAAAAAGAGUAGAGUAGUGCUUUUACACUAUGAUUGGUGUAUUAUAUGUUCAAUGCUUCUUAAAAUAAAUCAAUACAUAUAUUAAACGAGAGUUCAGUUCACGUAACAGGGUUGACCUUAAAAUGAGGGACAGACGUAAAUGAAUCACUGAUCACAUGAAAUAUAUAUUAAUCUUCAGAAUGACUGUGUGUGAAUACUAUGGGCUGUAGUACGGUCUGUCUUUUAAAGUGGGGGAGCCUUCGCGUUGCAAUGAUGUUGAAAACGUUUUGGGGUUAAGUGGGUUAAAAUCUUUAUAGAAGUGCGUUAAUCAUGACGAGGGAUGUCAAAAUGCAGAUUUCUGGCCCUUUUAGAAAGUCUUUAUUAAUAUAAAACAUUUGAUCAAUUUAAUUAUCCAUGCGGUCUAUAUUACGGGGCACUUCAUUUUAAUAUAUCAGGCUUUUAAAAUUCACCCACUACAAUCUAAGGGCCCAGGAUGGUCAUACCAAGGAUAAUUUAGCUAUUUGAUUAGGAUUUUUAGGACCCCUGUAGAUAGAUAUAUAAAAACAUUUGAUUAAACAUUGAAUUUGGCCUUUCUGCUAUUAGCCCAUAGAAACACAUUGAAUUUAAGAUUCAUACAUGGAAAAACAGUAAAAGGAAACAUGUUUUGGGGGAGUGACCCGUAUACCUUUGAUGCGGAAAUGGCCUAUUCACUUCCAUUCAUUUUUCUACCCGGUACCGGGUUACCUUCAGACGAGUCCCGUGACACUUGUUGUGGUCGUAGAGCUAAACGGAGAACACCAUCUGGUUCGUGAGAGUCUCAUGUUUUUCAUAUUAGUUUGUAGCCUAAACCGUUCGGACGCUACAGAUGUUUCCGUGAGAAGUCGUUUUUUAUUUAUUUUGUAGAUUUUUUUUCUUCUCCCGAAUGUCUCCUGGUUUGACAAACACUGUUGUAGCUCUGCCACCUUCCACAGCAGGUGUGGAAGGCCGACAUCGGCGAAUGCGAUGGAUUGAGACGUAGCCCAUGCAAAAAACAUCUCUAGCUUAAAUGGACUGAUUUUGAUGGGGAUUCUUUAAAUUAUGCUAAUAAGAUUGACACGGGUACGUCCAUCGACUAGGGGUUAAAAUUCAAUAUUGGUGCACAAAUUCUACUUCAAAUAUCAAAGGGACGCAAAAUGUAAUCUAUAUGUGGAACGACCCUUCUAUUGAUAUGAUUGAGCCUGGUUUCCCUCUAGGUUUCUUCCUCUCUCGGUUUUUCUUGCCAUUGUGCUUCUGCUUGCUCUUUGUUCUAGGCCGGGUUACUGUAAAUCCACUUUGUGACAACUGCUGAUAUAAAAAAAAGGCCUCAAAUCACUUAGAAUUUUGAAAUAUGAUUUGUGUGAGAGAUGAGCAACCCAUGGUUUUCUGUUUCCCCCCCUCAGCUGAUGGAGUGUUGCGUGAACGCCCUGGUAACGUCCUUCAAGGAGACCAUCUUGGCCGAGUGUCCAGGCAUGAUCAAGCGAAACGAGACAGAGAGUGAGUACGGCCGGAGCGUUCCCGGCACCAAAGGCUCUGCCAGCUCAGGUUUGCAAACCAGGAAAUGACCUCGCCUCCUCCACUCCACUUCCUGUUUCAAUUUGUCCACGUCAACCAACCAACCAACCAACCGCUGCCUUUGCCCAUUCCGUGUGUGUCAGUCAACAUGUUGUCAACAUCACCCCCUAAACAUCAGUGUCUGACCACAAACCCACCAUGUAUUGUUUGUGUCCUGAUAGUUUUAACCAGGAGUCUACCUACUUACAGUGGGGAAAAAAAGUAUUUAGUCAACCACCAAUUGUGCAAGUUCUCCCACUUAAAAAGAUGAGAGAGGCCUGUAAUUUUCAUCAUAGGUACACGUCAACUGUGACAGACAAAAUGAGAAACUGAAAAAAUAUCCAGAAAAUCACAUUGUAGGAUUUUUAAUGAAUUUAUUUGCAACUUAUGGUGGAAAAUAAGUAUUUGGUCAAUAACAAAAGUUCUUCAAUACUUUGUUAUAUACCCUUUGAUGGAAAUGACACAGGUCAAACGUUUUCUGUAAGUCUUCACAAGGUUUUCACACACUGUUGCUGGUAUUUUGGCCCAUUCCUCCAUGCAGAUCUCCUCUAGAGCAGUGAUGUUUUGGGGCUGUCGCUGGGCAACACGGACUUUCAACUCCCUCCAAAGAUUUUCUAUGGGGUUGAGAUCUGAAGACUGGCUAUGCCACUCCAGGACCUUGAAAUGCUUCUUACGAAGCCACUCCUCCGUUGCCCGGGCGGUGUGUUUGGGAUCAUUGUCAUGCUGAAAGACCCAGCCACGUUUCAUCUUCAAUGCCCUUGCUGAUGGAAGGAGGUUUUCACUCAAAUUCUCACGAGACAUGGCCCCAUUCAUUCUUUCCUUUACACGGAUCAGUCGUCCUGGUCCCUUUGCAGAAAAACAGCCCCAAAGCAUGAUGUUUCCAACCCCAUGCUUCACAGUAGGUAUGGUGUUCUUUGGAUGCAACUCAGCAUUCUUUGUCCUCCAAACACGACGAGUUGAGUUUUUACCAAAAAGUUAUAUUUUGGUUUCAUCUGACCAUAUGACAUUCUCCCAAUCCUCUUCUGGAUCAUCCAAAUGCACUCUAGCAAACUUCAGACGGGCCUGGACAUGUACUGGCUUAAGCAGGGGGACACGUCUGGCACUGCAGGAUUUGAGUCCCUGGCGGCGUAGUGUGUUACUGAUGGUAGGCUUUGUUACUUUGGUCCCAGCUCUCUGCAGGUCAUUCACUAGGUCCCCCCGUGUGGUUCUGGGAUUUUUGCUCACCGUUCUUGUGAUCAUUUUGACCCCACAGGGUGAGAUCUUGCGUGGAGCCCCAGAUCGAGGGAGAUUAUCAGUGGUCUUGUAUGUCUUCCAUUUCCUAAUAAUUGCUCCCACAGUUGAUUUCUUCAAACCAAGCUGCUUACCUAUUGCAGAUUCAGUCUUCCCAGCCUGGUGCAGGUCUACAAUUUUGUUUCUGGUGUCCUUUGACAGCUCUUUGGUCUUGGCCAUAGUGGAGUUUGGAGUGUGACUGUUUGAGGUUGUGGACAGGUGUCUUUUAUACUGAUAACAAGUUCAAACAGGUGCCAUUAAUACAGGUAACGAGUGGAGGACAGAGGAGCCUCUUAAAGAAGAAGUUACAGGUCUGUGAGAGCCAGAAAUCUUGCUUGUUUGUAGGUGACCAAAUACUUAUUUUCCACCAUCAUUUGCAAAUAAAUUCAUUAAAAAUCCUACAAUAUGAUUUUCUGGAGAAAUUCUUUUCUCAAUUUGUCUGUCAUAGUUGACGUGUACCUAUGAUGAAAAUUACAGGCCUCUCUCAUCUUUUUAAGUGGGAGAACUUGCACAAUUGGUGGCUGACUAAAUACUUUUUUUCCCCCACUGUAUGUGUCAGUAUUAACCAAUAUGUGUCUUUGUGGAGCGUCUGUUUAUUUGGUGUAUAGCAGUAAGAUAUAGAAAUAGACCUUUGACUGUAAAGUUGGGCCGGUUUUCUGGACCCAGAUUAAGCCUAGUCCUGAACUAAAAAGCAUGGUGACUGGAGAAUCGGUCAAUGGAAACCAACCUCUAAAUACGGGUUAUUCAAAUCUGGCCAUCAAGUGCUGCUGCAUACCCCUUGUUCUAUACUAUAAUCUAGAAGUAGAUCACAAUAAUCUAUAGACACUAGCCGCAGUAGCUUACCAUGGACAGUGUUUGACUGUAGCUUUCCUCCUCCUUGUAGAGCUCCAUCUCAUGUUCUCUCUGAUGGACAAGGUGCCUAGUGGCAUCGAGCCCAUGCUGAAGGACUUAGAGGACCACAUCAUGUCUGCUGGGCUGGCCGACAUGGUGGCCUCCGCCGAGACCAUCACUUCGGUGAGUGCUACACACACACACAAGCUUCUCACACACACUCAUGCUCACUCACACAUGCUCACACAUACGCACACAUGCACAGAUAUGUUACUCUAACAGAAAUGUCAAAUACAUGCAUAUUACUUUUGUAUAGUAUUUACUGAAAGAAGGUGACAGGAACAUUCCAUUGAUUUUGUAUUUUUCUGUGUGUGCAUGCAUCCGUGUGUGUGUAGGACUCUGAGAAGUACGUGGAGCAGCUUCUCACCCUGUUCAACCGCUUCAGUAAGCUGGUGAAAGAUGCCUUUCAGGACGACCCUCGCUUCCUCACAGCCAGAGACAAGGUCAGCACAAAGUUUUUCCAACAUUGAUUCAACAUUGCCAAUGAAUAAAAGCCCAACGUUCCUUCAGCGUUUGUCAAUUAAUUUAUGCACAGUAUUUGCAGUUGAUGGUUGUCACUCUAUAUGUAAUAUGUGUUUUUUCUUAGGCUUACAAAGCAGUUGUGAACGACGCUACUAUUUUUAAAUUGGAACUACCACUGAAGCAGAAAGGGUAAGAGGCGCUCUGUGUUCUACUGUAUGCUUUCAUUUCUUCACUGAAUUCAAGAUGGAUACCAGCAAACUGUUGAAUGCUCCUACAGUUUUAUUGACGUUGCUCUUGAUAAAACUGUGGGAGCAUUCAACAAGGUGCAGGAGGGUGAUCUUUCAUUUUUUCACGACUACUUUUUGAAAUAAAAUUUUUUACACUACUUCUGAACUCUUAAUUGCUUAAUUAGUUAAUGAGUGAACGUGUGUGUUUACGACACUGCUCUACUUUCUCUGCACGGUCUGUCUGUCAGGGUGGGGCUGAAGACCCAGCCGGAGUCCAAGUGUCCAGAGCUGCUGGCCAACUACUGUGACAUGCUGCUGAGGAAAACCCAGCUGAGCAAGAAACUUGCAUCCGAGGAGAUCGAGGCCAAGCUCAAGGAAGUGGUACGUGUAUGGGAGUAGUGUGUGUGUGUGUGUGUGUGUGCGUAAUGAUUUGAUGACUCCAGCAAGCUUUCCUUAAGGCUACGGCCACACUCGGGCGUACUCGGAUGAAAUCGUAUGUGAUGUACAGUACCAGUCAAAAGUUUGGACACACCUACUAAUUCAAGGGUUUUUCUUUAUUUUUACUUUUUUUUACGUUGUAGAAUAAUAGUGAAGACAUCAACUAUGAAAUAACACAUAUGGAGUCAUGUUGAGAUUCUUCAAAUAGCCACCCUUUGCCUUGAUAACAGCUUUGCACACUCUUGGCAUUCUCUGAACCAGCUUCAUGAGGUAGUUGAGAGAAUGCCAAGAGUGUGCAAAGCUGUUAUCAAGGCAAAGAGUGGCUGUUUGAAGAAUCUCAAAUUUAAAAUAUAUUUUGAUUUAACACUUUUUUGGUUACUACAUGAUUCCAUAUGUGUUAUUUCAUAGUUUUUAUGUCUUCUGUUAUUCCACAAUAUAAAAAACAUUUUAAAUAAAGAAAAGCCCAUUAGUAGGUGGGUCCAAACUUUUGACGAAGUGUACAUCAUUGUUUGUUAUUGUACUUUAAGUACAUCUCAAGUCAACAAUUUUCAGUUUGUGUGUUUUUUUGUCAGACAAUCAUCAUCACUUGUCAUUCAUCCAGCAACAGAUGACUCCCAUAAAAAAAAAUAAAAAAAACAUUGACACAAAAUCAGUGUGCAAGCGGCCUUGGGCUGUGGAGAGCGUCUACCAUGUUGCUUUCACCUUUCCAUCGUUCAAGAGUACGUGAGCGGCGCGAGAAGCGGAGCCCAAUUUGACUGGAGUGAGAUUUCUAAAGGCUGGAGCGUCGGCCUUCUCGCCUGCUCCAAUUUCGCUCCAGUAGCGCUCACUUCAGGAGCUCAGGGCAUGCCCACCCCAGCAUGCAUUUGUAGUCUACUUGUGUGCUGCUAGUAGCCCAUUGCUUCAGCUACUGUCAUGGAGUUCGUUAAAUAUUUUCAUAAAGAAACUGAUAAAACACACAGGUGUUAAAUCAAGGUGACUUAAACAAGAUAAGGAGCAAGAGAGGGAGUGUGGUGAUGAAGAGUCCACUGUUAUGUGUAAGGCUUGGAUGCCACAUGCUGGUAUGGUGCUAAACUGUUAGGUUAUAGACCGGAUGCCAUUGUUCUACGCGCAGGAUUUGGCAGUUGUUACACGCUGGCUACAUGAAACAUCCACAACUAAAGAAUCAUUGUCAAAUCUGAAAAGACACUUAUUCCAAAAGUAUGAUGGUGUACUUACUAUGUGCGCAUGCUAAAAGAAAGGAACGAGGUGGGUAGUUAACUGUGUCAUCGUAGCAAAGUGUUUAUAACGUAAAAAUCAGAUAUCUUAAAUGUUUUGUUAAUUUUCAUUCUAUUAUCUAUAAAAUAGGCCAUAUUCCCACGUUCAAAUAGCUUUCCGUUUUGAUCGGGUUAUUUUGCCUAAAAACCUUUAAAAAAAAAAAAAAUGUUUACGGGUGUUUAGCAUCCUCAGUGGCUCUGCAAGUGUGGAGAGGAUAUUCUCUGCUGCUGGCUGGCUGUCCAGGCACCAUCGCAUGAGCCUGAAGCCACAUACUGGCCAAACUCGUGUUUCUAAAAAUGAAUUCUAAAAAUGAAUUUAAAGGCACUAAUAAGUCAUUUUUCAUUUAAUUUGUAUUUAAUUCUAAGUCACAGCCUAUAUGCGCAAUUUAUAGAAUAUAAUGAUUUAAUACAACGAAAUGUUUACAUUGCAUUCAGAAAGUAUUCAUACCCCUUUCCUUUUUCCACAUGUUACGUUACAGCCUUAUUCUAAAAUGGAUUUAAAAAAAAUAAAAAAAAUCCUCAUCAAUCUACACACAAUAACCCAUACCGACAAAGCGGAAACAGAUUUUUUGGCAAAAAUAAACAAAAUGGAUUCCUUAUUUACAUAAGUAUUCAGACCCUUUGCUAUGAGACUCGAAAUUCAGCUCAGGUGCAUCCUGUUUCCAUUGAUCAUCCUUGAGAUGUUUCUACAACUUGAUUGGAGUCCACCUGUAAUAUAUUCAAUUGAUUGGAAAGUCACACGCCUGUCUAUAUAAGGUCCCACAGUUGACAGUGCAUGUCAGAGCAAAAACCAAGCCAUUAGGUCGAAGGAAUUGUCGGUAGAGCUUCGAGACAGGAAUGUGUCGAGGCACAGAUCUGGGGAAGGGUACUAAAAAAUGUCUGCAGCAUUGAAGGUCCCCAAGAACACAGUGGCCUCCAUCAUUCUUAAAUGGAAAAAGUUUGGAACCACCAAGACUCUUCCUAGAGCUGGUCGCCCGGCCAAACUGAGCACUCGGGGGAGAAGGGCCUUGGUCAAGGGAGGUGACCAAGAACCCGAUGGUCACUCUGACAGAGCUCCAGAGUUCCUCUGUGGAGAUGGGAGAACCUUCCAGAAGGACAACCAUCUCUGCAGCACUCCACCAAUCAGGCCUUUAUGGUAGUGGCCAGACGGAAGCCACUCCUCAGUAAACGGCACAUGACAGCCCGCUUGGAGUUUGCCAAAAGACACCUAAAGGACUCUCAGACCAUGAGAAACAAGAUUCUCUGGUCUGAUGAAACCAAGAUUGAACUCUUUGGCCUGAAUGCCAAGAGUCAUGUCUGGAGGAAACCUGGCACCAUCCCUACAGUGAAGCAUGAUGGUGGCAGCAUCAUGCUGUGGGGAUGUUUUUCAGCAGCAGGGACUCGGAGACUAGUCAGGAUUGAGGGGAAAGAUGAACGGAUCGAAGUACAGAGAGAUCCUUGAUGAUAACCUGCUCCAGAGCACUCAGGACCUCAGACUGUGGCAAAGGUUCACCUUCCAACAGGACAAUGACCCUAAGCACACAGCCAAGACAACGCAGGAGUGGCUUUGGGACAAGUCUCUGAAUGUCCUUGAGUGGCCCAGCCAGAGCCCGGACUUGAACCCGAUCGAACAUCUCUGGAGAGACCUGAAAAUAGCUGUGCAACGACGCUCCCCAUCCAACCUGACAGAGCUUGAGAGGAUCUGCAGAGAAGAAUGGGAAAAACUCCCCAAAUAGUAGUAAUAAUAAUAAUAUGCCAUUUAGCAGACGCUUUUAGCGUCAUACCCAAGAAGACUCGAGGCUGUAAUCGCUGCCAAAGGUGCUUCAACAAAGUAUUCAUUUUCGUUCCUUUUUAGGCUUCCUGUCUGUCUCCUGACCUAUUUAGUGUUUAUAUGCUGUUUUUAAUAUGACAUGUAGCCUAUUUGAAGUGACGUUCGCUUCUUACAUUCACCUUUUCAUGUUUAUUCAAAUACUUUUCAUUUAAAUCCAUAUGGUUUGCUUUCAAUACUUUAAAACCAAUUGGUAGGUCCAGGUAGUCACAAAAAUAGGUGUUGGUUAAAUAGUGAUUUUAAAGAAUGUUGUGAAUUUGUAGUGGGAUUUAUUUUAUUUUUUUAGCGUGGAGCGGUUUUUAGCAGAGCGGUAGGAAAGGAAAUGGCGCAUGAGCGAUGAACUCAGCUCACAUAUACUCUGCAACGCUCACCCCUUUCACCAACCCCCACCCCCCCUUUUUUAUGUUUGUAGUGUAGUCGUUGGUUUAUACUUUGUAUUUCUCUCUUCGUUUAGCAGGUACUGAGUGACGAUGUAUAUACCUGUAGGUAUUCUUUUCAGAUCUGCAAACACUUAAAGGUUUCUUCAUUGGACGGGACAAUCUAAGCUGGGUCAUGUUCAUUAGACACUAAAUAGAAGAAAACAGACUGAAACAGGGAAGGGCUACCUGAACUUGUCCAAUAAGAAACGCUUGUUUUAGUUUUUCAUUUCAAAAAUGUUUGCUACUGUGUGCGCUAAUGAAUGUGGUCCUUUGUAGCUCAGUUGGUAGAACAUGGCGCUUGUAACGCCAGGGUAGUGGGUUCAAUUCCCGGGACCACCCAUACGAAAAAUGUAUGCAUGCAUGACUGUAAGUCGCUUUGGAUAAAAGCGUCUGCUAAAUGGAAUAUAUUACUAUAAUACGACCCUGAUUGCACAGUGGUGUUCUUUCUAUGUGUGUGUUCUCCUGCAGUUGCUGGUGUUGAAGUACGUGCAGAACAAAGACGUGUUCAUGCGCUACCACAAAGCCCAUCUGACCCGACGCCUCAUUCUGGACAUCUCCGCCGACAGCGAAGUCGAGGAGAACAUGGUGGAGUGGCUCAGGGUACGACCUGUGUGUUGGUGGGUGUAGGGCUGUUACGGUGACCGUAUUACUGCCACACUGGCGGUCACCAGUCAUGACCGCAAUCAAAUUCCACGUGACUGUUUAGUCACGGUAACUAAGCUGCUCUGAUGCUGCUGAUGGUCAUUAGUAGCCUACCAAACUUGCUAAUUGCCAGUCGCUAAUGGCCUCGUACUCAGCAAUCUAUUGUCCCUCUAAUCACUCUGACAAUGUAUUUGAAAAUCAAACCCUUAAUGAGAGCCCAUGAGCUCAUGUUGAGCAAAUUUUUGGGGGGGAUGGCCUCUUAAAAAUAGUAUCCCAUCAGCUUUCUAUAGGCUAGGCCUACUAAAUUGAUAUGUAUUUCUAAACUUUCCUAAUAUUAAACACAUUGCUUUGCUUUACAACAGGAGUGUAGCCUACCUGGCUGGCAUGAAAAUUAACCACGGGUAGAGCGUCCUCCAUUCGCUAUUUUAAUUUUUAUUUUUAUUUUUUUGCCCCUGUUCCGAUAAAUGAAAACUAAUUUCACACGUAUAUAUUAUUAGUAUAUGUAAAGACAAGAUGAAGGUAAGAAUAGUCUCAUGGGUGACUAUCACUUGUGAAGGAUGACCAGCGUGUGCAGUAAGGCAAGAAACAGCGCAUUGCUAUUCCUAAAUUAUAGUUGUACACGUCAUGUAGCCUAGCCCAUAGGCCUAUAUGUUUCGGUAAGGUUUGUAUCACAACAAAGUGGCCAAAUAACUGCAAACGUAGCCUAUAGGCCUAGUACCCUUGGAAAACGGAUAGAGAUCACAGAGCCUAGUGAAACGCGUUCUUAUAAACCCAGUCAUUGCGCAAUCGCGUGUGAAAACAGAGUUUUGACUGACCACUUUUUAAAAUAGGAUCCCAGUUUUCUCAUGCUGCUAUUUUUAUUGCUCAAUUCUUAAAAUGAAGCACAUUAAUCUGCUUUAUAACCGGUGUAGCCUAACUGGCAUACAUAGGCGGCGCGUGAGUUUCAAGUUUGGGGAAGAAUUUUCACCUUUUAUAAUAAAGCAUUACAUGCAUAAUCUUUGCAGACUUGUAAGAUGGCCUACUAUUUGUAAGGUGAUGAGUAGAUUGGAUAGUCAUAAUUUGGGCUAAUAAUAUACAGUGAGGGAAACAAGUUUUUUAUUUUAUUUUUUAUUUAACCUUUAUUUAACCAGGUAAGCCAGUUGAGAACAAGUUCUCAUUUACAACUGCGACCUGGCAAGUAUUUGAUCCCCUGCUGAUUUGCCCACUGACAAAGAAAUGAUCAGUCUAUAAUUUUAAUGGUAGGUUUAUUUGAACAAUGAGAGACAGAAUAACAACAAAAAAAUCCAGAAGAACACAUGUCAAAAAUGUUAUAAAUUGAUUUGCAUUUUAAUGAGGGAAAAAAGUAUUUGACCCCCUCUCAAUCAGAAAGAUUUCUGGCUCCCAGGUGUCUUUUAUACAGGUAACGAGCUGAGAUUAGGAGCACACUCUUAAAGGGAGUGCUCCUAAUCUCAGCUUGUUACCUGUAUAAAAGACACCUGUCCACAGAAGCAAUCAAUCAAUCAGAUUCCAAACUCUCCACUAUGGCCAAGACCAAAGAGCUCUCCAGGGAUGUCAGGGACAAGAUUGUAGACCUACACAAGGCUGGAAUGGGCUACAAGACCAUCGCCAAGCAGCUUGGUGAGAAGGUGACAACAGUUGGUGCGAUUAUUCACAAAUGGAAGAAACACAAAAGACCUGUCAAUCUCCCUCGGCCUGGGGUCCAUGCAAGAUCUCACCUCGUGGAGUUGCAAUGAUCAUGAGAACGGUGAGGAAUCAGCCCAGAACUACACGGGAGGAUCUUGUCAAUGAUCUCAAGGCAGCUGGGACCAUAGUCACCAAGAAAACAAUUGGUAACACACUACGCCAUGAAGGACUGAAAUCCUGCAGCGCCCGCAAGGUCCCCCUGCUCAAGAAAGCACAUAUACAGGGCCGUCUGAAGUUCGCCAAUGAACAUCAAUGAUUCAGAGGAGAACUGGGUGAAAGUGUUGUGGUCAGAUGAGACCAAAAUCGAGCUCUUUGGCAUCAACUCAACUCGCCGUGUUUGGAGGAGGAGGAAUGCUGCCUAUGACCCCAAGAACACCAUCCCCACCGUCAAACAUGGAGGUGGAAACAUUAUGCUUUGGGGGUGUUUUUCUGCUAAGGGGACAGGACAACUUCACCGCAUCAAAGGGACCCCUAGCCUAAUGGACGCGCCGCCUAUGUUUGCAUAUUAAAAACGUAACUGCACGUAACCUCCAUUCGCUAUUCGAGUGCAGGCUACUGAUGACACUUUUUUUGUGGGCCGUUCUAAUCAAAACUAAUUCCACACAUUUAUUAGUAAGCUAUAUAAUAAUAAUAAUAAUAAUAUGCCAUUUAGCAGACGCUUUUAUCCAAAGCGACUUACAGUCGUGCGUGCAUACAUUUUUUGUGUAUGGGUGGUCCCGGGGAUCGAACCCACUACCUUGGCGUUACAAGCGCCGUGCUCUACCAGCUGAGCUACAGAGGACCACUAUAUGUAAAUAUCAGAUUAAGAAUAGUCUGACGGGUGAGAAUAUUAUCAAGUGCUUGUGAAAUUGUAAAUGUAAAAAAGGCCAGUUUUCAGCUGUGCUAACAUAAUUGCAAAAGGGUUUUCUCAUGAUCAAUUAGCCUUAUAAAAUGAUCAACUUGGAUUAGCAAACACAACGUGCCAUUGGAACACAGGACUGACGGUUGCUGAUAAUGGGCCUCUGUACGCCUAUGUAGAUAUUCCAUUAAAAAUCAGCCGUUUCCAGCUACAAUAGCCAUUUACAACAUUAACAAUGUCAACACUGUAUUUCUGAUCAAAUUGCUUUUCUUUAGAAAACAAGGAAAGAUCUAAGUGACCCCAAACUUUUGAACGGUAGUGUGUAUAUACAUAUAUCGUUUGAAUCACAACUAAAGUUGCAUAAAUAACUCUAAAUUUAAGCAAAUAGGAGGACCUGUUUCUUUGUUAACCGCUCAACACAGAAUAGCCGCAUGUGCGCAGUCCCUCUGAAAUUGCUUGGAGAAAAUAUCCUUUCUAUUUUAUUCAGAUAUGUUCAAUUAUAUUCUUCAUACUAUAAAAUAAUGGCAUGGAUUUCUAAGCAAAUCUUGUUUGCUAAAGGAACUAGUGUAGCUCACAUCCAUAUGGCAUAGCCAGAUUAGGGCCUAACAUAAGGACAACUCUGAGUAUGCUAUUCUGUUAAUCUGAAAUAGACUACAUUUUCUUCAUAUCAUGUUUCUUAAGACCUGUCUAAAAUAAUGGAUUUAUUGUGAUGGUGUAGGCAAUAUUAAAUGGAUGUUCCAAAGGUAUGCAUGAGUGGCUUGUAGGCUAUGCAUGGAAGCCAGGAGAUUAUAAAGGUGUUUAUGUUAAUUAACGGUCAAUUACCGUGAGACCGGCAGUUAUUUGCUUGACAAUCACUGGCUGACCAAAUUUCAUGACCGCCACAGCCCUAGGUGGGUACGUGCAUGCGUGUUAGUGUCUUAUGAGACGGAGAUGGGAGAGACUGCCUAUGUGUGCAUUUGAUCCACCUCACGUACUUAAAAUUAUACCACAUCACCAAUGUCCCCUACCCUUGAUUGCAGGAGGUAGGCAUGCCGGCUGACUACGUGAAUAAGCUGGCUCGGAUGUUCCAGGACAUCAAGGUGUCCGAGGACCUCAACCAAAACUUCAAAGAGUGUCACAAACACAACAAGCUGGCCCUAUCAGGUAAACCAGGUAGCUGUAUGUACCUAAUAAAAAAAAUAUAUAUGCUUGUAACAUGUGGUGACUCAGGGGGUUGAAUACUUAUCUAAUCAAGAUACAGUAUAUUAGUGUUUUAUUCGUUUAUUUUUACAAAUGUUAGAAUAUUUUUUCACUUCGACAGAGUAUUUUGUGUAGAUCGUUGACAAAAAAUGAAAAUGAAAUCUAUUUUAAUCCCACUUUGUAACACAACAAAAUGUGGAAAAAGUCAAGGGGUGUGAAUACUUUCUGAAGGCACUGUAUGUGUUACUCAAGCACAGAACUACUAUUAUUUUGUAGUUGUUGCCUUAGCUAAGGCGUCAUUACGACUAAGGUAGUUAGCUACAACAUUUAGUCAACUAAGCGAGAACACAUGCUUUGAUCGGCGCAACGGUAGUAGGUGCAAGCGCAAGGGAACGUGUGGUGUUGCGGUAGUUCAGUUUGCGUCGCUGUGUGGAUGGAAACAGACAUGGCAGAGAGAGUUGUUCUGCUAAUACCGUCCUACACAGAAAGUUAUGUUAGACUGUUAAAUAUUGGUAGGCCUAUGUUAAUUAAUCACUUGUUGAUCUGUCCUCUUGACAUACAGUGCAUUCGGAAGGUAUUCAGACCCCUUGACUUUUUCCACAUUUUGUUACGUUACAGCCUUAAUCUAAAAUGGAAGACCAUUUUAUUUUUUUCAUCAAUCUACACACACCCAUAAUGACAAAGCAAAAACAGGUUUCUUUUGUGCAAAUGUAUUAAAAAUAAACUUGAUCACAAUUACGUAAGUAUUCAGACCCUUUACUCAGUACUUUGUCGAAGCACCUUUGGCAGCAAUUACAGCCUCGAGUCUUCUUGGGUAUGACGCUACAAGCUUGGCACACCUGUAUGAGGAGUUUCUCCCAUUCUUCUCUGCAGAUCCUCUCAAGCUCUAUCAGGUUGGAUGGGGAGCGUCGCGGCACAGCUAUUUUCAGGUCUCUCCAGAGAUGUUAAAUUGGGUUCAAGUCUGGGCUCUGGCUGGGCCACUCAAGGACAUUCAGAGACUUGUCCCGAAGCCACUCCUGCAUUGUCUUGGCUGUGUGCUUAGGGUCGUUGUCCUGUUGGAAGGUGAACCUUCGCCCCAGUCUGAGGCCCUGAGCGCUCUGGAGCAGGUUUUCAUCAAGUAUCUCUCUGUACUUUGCUCCAUUCAUCUUUCCCUCGGUCCUGACUAGUCUCCCAGUUCCUGCCGCUGAAAAACAUAACCACAGCAUAAUGCUGCCACAACCAUGCUUCACCGUAGGGAUGGUGUCAGGUUUCCUCGAUGUGAUGCUUGGCAUUCAGACCGAAGAGUUCAAUCUUGGUUUCAGAGGAUCUUGUUUCUCAUGGUCUGAGACUCUAUAGGUGCCUUUUGGGAAACUCCAAGUGGGCUGUCCAUGUGGCUUUUACUGAGGAGUAGCUUCCGUCUGAUUGGUAGAGUGCUGCAGAGUUGGUUGUCCUUCUGGAAGGGUCUACCAUAUCCACAGAGGAACUCUGGAGCUCUGUCAGAGGGACCAUCAGGUUCUUGUUCACCUCCCUGACCAAGGCCCUUCUCCCCCGAUUGCUCAGUCUUGGUGGUUCCAAACUUCUUCCAUUUAAGAAUGAUGGAGGCCACUGUGUUCUUGGGGACCUUCAAUGCCGCACACAUUCUUUGGUACCCUUUCCCAGAUCUGUGCCUCGACACAAUCCUCAAUCGUAGCUCUAUGGACAAUUCCUUCGACCUCAUGGCUUGGUUUUUGCUCUUACAUGCACUGUCAACUGUGGGACCUUUAUAUAGAUAUAUGCCUUUCCAAAUCAUGUCCAAUCAAUUGAAUUUACCACAGGUGGACUCCAAUCAAGUUUUAGAAACAUCUCAAUAAUGAUAAAUGGAAACAGGAUGCACCUGAGCUCAAAUUCGAGUCUCAUAGCAAAGGGUCUGAAUACUUAUGGAAAGGUAUUUCAGAUUUAUUUUAUUUUAUACAUUUUGCAAAACAUUCUAUAAACCUGUUUUUGCUUUGUCAUAAUGGGGUAUUUUGUGUAGAUUUUUGAGGAAAACAUUUUUAAUUCAUUUUAGAAUAAUGGCUGUAACAUAACAAAAUGUGAAAAAAGUAAAGGGGUCUGAAUACUUUACGAAUGCACUGUAGCUGUAUGUCAACAGUAGUCUGCUAAUGAUGUGAUAGUCAGUUCACCAAUGACAACAAGGCAUAUUGAAUGAAUGGCAGCCUAGUAGUCAGACCUAACUUGAUGGAUUAGGUCAGGCAUGGAGAUCUGAAACAAGCUCAUAUAGGCCUAGUUCAGUUGUUUCAUAUUCCAAAUAGCCCAAAGUAAGCUGGACUGCUACAUUGCAUCCAGUAAUUAAAUUAUUCAAAAUUGUCUCCCCAAACAAAAUUAAGAAGCCAGUUUACAUGUUCACUAAACUAUCCACAUAAAGACACCUAUUAAUUGGGUUAUCAUUACCCCUAAAUUUAACCUAGAAAAAUGUUACUGUCAUUGAGACCACCUCAAUUUCAUUUAGAAUCAAACACAAAUCUUCUGUGUUUUCCACAAUGUUUGAUAUAAUUUAAGACUAGGUUACAGGAAAUGGAAGUUAAAUAAAUACCCCAACCACCAAGACAAGACGCAUGGUAAAAUAAUGAAAACAUCAGUAGCCAAAAUAUCAUAAGCGCCAAGUAUGCUUGAUAAAUAGUUAAAAUCAGCACAAAGCAAUAAUGGAAAUAUAAUUUGUCACUAUGACAAUAGACCAUUUAUUUAUACGUCGUAUACCAUGGCGAAUUUGUCUCCAGGCUUCGUGUUCUUGUUCGUCAUCAAAAAGGAGGUAACUCAUGAUCUCUCUGAAGUGAUUCCAUGACAUGGUUUCUCCAAAGAAAAGGCAUCCCAUACCAGGGUUUCCGUUAGCCAGUAAUAGCUGGCUUUUGGCCGCAAAAAAAUGUAUGAAAAGCUGAUUGGCCAAAAUUGCUGCUGGCCAAAAUAAAUCCCAUUGCGAAGUAAUGCAUUUUAGCCUAUUUAAUGUAUUUAAAUACCAGUCGAUGUAGCGCGAGAGCUGCUGAUACAGCUCAAACAGCGGGGUUUUUUUUCUGUUCGAGUGAAAUGUGCGUUAAUAAGCCCAAUUAUUGUGCAACAAUUCUAAAGGCGUGUAAAAACAAAAACAAUGGCCACAAUUUAAAAAAUAAAAAUAGCUAAUAUUUUUUAAAAUUCUCAGCAGGUAAUUGAAGCAUGCUGCCCAUUAGUCAUUUAAGUACAUAGACAAAUAGGCAGGCUUCAGUGCAUCACACACCACUUUGCAAUGAGCUGGAGGCAGUAUGCAUUUUGUAAACAUAUUUAAUUGUUUGAAACCUGACCGUUUUACUACAUAUUAUGAGGCUCCUCUUACAUUGCUUCAAAGUAGACUUGCCAAAAUCCAAUCAAACGUGCAGGCAAUUAUUUUAUAAAGACUUCCAUAUGCCAUUGAAACCAGUAGUCUUUUUCUCUGUUCGAUUGGUUUUCAAAUCCUCUUUCUUUCAUUGUCCAGUAGCCAAAGGCAUAAUCCUAGUCAUAUUUGCAACCCAUGCUUGUUGUUGCAUAUUUAGAUCUCCCCUCUUUCUAAAUAUCUAACAGAUAUUUUGAUCUGUCACAUGAAACCGCUCACAAUGGUGUGUUCCCGCUAAUAAUGUGAAGACAUAAACUUCAGCUUCAUAUAAACUGAUGAAGCUGAAGUAAGUCAGAAUAGAUGUCCUAAUAGUGUGAGCAGUGGUUGUGUCCUAUGAAGUGUGGUCCUCUGUAGCUCAGCUGGUAGAGCACGGCGCUUGUAACGCCAAGGUAGUGGGUUGAUCCCCGGGACACCCAUACACAAAAACAUUAUGCACGCAUGACUGUAGUCGCUUGGAUAAAAGCUCUGCUAAAUGCAUAUGAUUUUAUUAUUAUUAACAUAAUGGUUAAUUAACAUUUUAUGCUAAACGUUCUGAUCUCUUGCAUGAGCCUCAUUUGCUUUUUAAAGUUUUUUGGAUGUAGCCUAUAGGCCUACUGGUUGGAUGGAUUUGGGAUCUAUCGUCCCACAACUGUCCCAGAGUCUGUUUGGAAUAGACCAAUAGAAUAGGUCAACUUUUCUACUAUGGGGUAUAGUAGAUUGACAUAGGCUAGUGAUUUUGCUGUUCGUUACUCGUCUUAUUGGCUGAGGAAAAGUAAAUGUGGACAGUUAUUCUAACAUAGGCGGCGUGUGGGUUUCAAGUUUGAGGAAGCUAAUUUUCACCAUAAAAAUUCACCUUUUAUAAUAAAGCAUUCCAUGCAUCAUCACAUUUGCAGACUGGUAUAACACAGCCUACUAUUCCUAAUGUGAUGAUUAGAUUGGAUAGUCAUAAUUUAGGCUAAUAAUAUAACUCAAUCACCUUUUGUUCAAUGCAAAUUUUGGCCUUUGAGUGUUUUUUAAGAAGCUAAUGAUCCUCUGUGGCCAAAUCAUGCUUUCUGCUGUUGUAGCCAAUUUUUUAAAUUAUUUUAUUUAUUUCUAUGUAGACAGGAGUAAGCUAAUUAGGCUAUAUCAUUUUGCCAAUUUCCUUUUAGGGAAAGCUUAGCUUCCCCUAGCGUUAUGGAGACGCCGCCUAUGUAUUCUAUCUUCAAAUUGCUCAUCGGAAUUCGGUAAGAAUGACGCACGCUUUUGCAUCCGAGUUGCAUGUUCUGUUAAGAUGAAUUACCAUAAACUAAAUGUGAUUUCUGUGAAUCGUGGGUGGACACCCUAAUCGGGUUACACAACCAAUGCAUAUGGGUCCAGUACAUUUCUUAAAUGUCUGGUAAAUUUUAAAAUGCUGCCGGUCAAAUGUCCCUAACGGAAACCCUGUCGCAUACGUCUGACCAGAAGCUCUCCAUAUACAUGCUCUUUCCACCGAAUGCUCCCCAGACAUAUAGGAUUGAAAUGAACGCGUCCAGCUCUUAAACAGACAGACCCCAGGCAGUGUUUCCAUUUCACAUAAACAAUGAAAGCUGGUGAGUGCGUUGGUGUUAUUUUUUGCUUGAGAUGUAGGGCCUGCUCUCUCAGUGAUUAUAAUCGGACGGUAGCAUUGUCACUGGCUUGUUCUAUCCAAACGGUGCUGUCCCUUCCUGUCUCACCGUUUCAUUUGGUGGUGGUGUGAGCACCUGCUCAAGGUACACUAUUCUGGCUUUUUUGAGUUUCGGCCUCAGAGGUGUAGGUUCAGGCUAAAGCUCAGAAUCAGAAGAAUAAUCAGAUGUCAUGACUCAUUUCUUCGCCACCAUCGGAGUCGUUUUAAUUCAGAUCUUGUAGCAGCACAGCAUCUUGGUCUUCUUGCCAUUGGUAAGUUACACAUGCUCUCACUCAUAUACACGUUUGACAUUCAGGGUCAUAUAAAAAAGGUAGCAAAUACUCUAGAAAGUAUACAAAGGAUAAUUAAAACACUAUGGAAAUGUCUCAUUAGCAGAACUAUAUUAUGGACCAUAAUAAAAGUCAAAUCAAAUGCAAACAUUUAAAACAAAUAGCAUCAUAAUAUGUCCACGUUGUACACAAAUACAAGUCUUUGAGAAUGAGUGUGAAUUUUGUUUGUGUGCAAGUGUUGUAUAGGUGUGUUCGCAUGUGAGUAAGGAAGUGUUUGCUGUGUAUAUUAUUGUAUUAGUUUGAAGCUCUGAAGGCACAUUCCAGUGAAAUUGGUUAUCUGCAGGCAGGGAAGGCCAGAGAAGACUGAUAAGACUGCUUGGGUUUGGUGGACUGAUAUAGGGUACAUACCAUUUUGAGAUUAUAAUUAGAAUAUACCAACACAAUAGAAUGGCCUGCCCUGUUCUUCAUUAACAAUUGCUGAUUACAUAAUUAUGCAUCGUUCAUUCCUUUUAUAUAUUGGCCAUAUUUGUUUUAAAAAUUAUGUUUGAAAUUAGUUUCGGUAUAGUUUGGGUUCAGUUUCGAGGCAAUUAUCGGGGUGAAUAUCAACUGGGCAUGGCACCUUCCACUGUUGGGAGAAGGAGUGGAGCAGGCUCUACCGUCAGGUGGAGGAGAGGCAAUGGGGGAAAACAUUCAUAAAAUGACAUGCCCCCCUAAAACUGGAUAUAACUCCAGUUCUGUUUAUGUUAUUUAGAUUCUAACAACGGCAGUGUGUUAUUUAGGUAAAGUCAAGGACGGAGGGGGCCAUGACUUAAAAAAUGGCAGAGUAAUAAAAAAUAAUGAGCAGCCAAAAUGACUCCUUUAGCCAUCUGGUGAGGUUGGCAGGUCUGGUAUUUCUGGCUCAAGCAGGAAUCGCAACUGUCUACCUGUACGUUUGGGGGAUAAUGUUUGUUGUACGUGGCUGGAUGAGACCUAGUGAAAAGUAAUACAACUUCUAUUGAUACAGUCCUUUAAUGUUUGGGUUCGGAAUUUCACUUGGAGUUUGUACUAUUCAACUGGCUCCACUACCAGUACCCCCAAAAAAGCACAGCUCAAGUACUUGAAAGUGUAUAUUAUAUAAUUAAAUAGAACACUAGAAUGAACAUGGGCUUUUCAUCAAUGUGACGAAAAAUGAUGUCCAUCUUGGUCAGGGAAUCUUUCAUUCUAGAAACUGAUCAAAUGUGGCAAAUAUAUUGUGUAAAACAAUGAAUUAGUAGUUAUACUGGUAUAUUAUGUUUCUCCGUUGUGUGUAUAUUAGACAUAAUGUAAUAAUCCCCCUCCUCUUGUGCAGCGGACUCUGUCAACAUCAAGAUCCUGAAUGCGGGGGCGUGGUCGCGGAGCUCAGAGAAGGUGUUUGUGUCACUGCCCACCGAGCUGGAGGACCUGAUCCCAGAGGUGGAGGACUUCUACAAAAAGAACCACAGUGGCAGAAAACUGCACUGGCACCACCUCAUGUCCAAUGGCAUUGUGAGUGUAAAGCCCCACACACACAAACACAGGAGUGCCUAGGGGGUGGGUCAGCCCAGGAGUCUAUUUUAUCGCCUCUUGCGCCUUCCCCCCUCCAGCCUCCUCUCUGUCCAGACCAUACAGAUCCUGUCAUUCAUUCUAUGUAAUUAUAUCCAGAUCACCUUUAAGAAUGAGGUGGGCCAGUAUGACCUGGAGGUGACCACCUUCCAACUGGCUGUGCUGUUUGCCUGGAACCAGAGGCCUCGGGAGAGGAUCAGCUUUGAGAACCUUAAGCUGGCCACGGAGCUGCCUGACGCCGAGCUCCGACGCACCCUCUGGGUAAUGCACAGUGUCAAAGGGUAGAGGUCGGGGGUCAAAGGGUUACCUAUCGUAAGGACUAGGGUUGCAAGAUUCCUGUAACAUUUUCAAAAUGACCAUGUUCUCCCAAAAUCCUAGUAGGAGGAUUUCUGGAUUUGAUGCAUAUUCUCGCUUGAUUCGGGAAUCUUCCAACCAGGAUUUCUGGAUAACCUGGGAAUAACCAGUGUUUUAUUAAUUUGAUACGCAACAAACACCCUGAAACCGCCCUGCAGUUUCCAUGCAACCAUAACCAUUAGUACUUUCUAAAACUGUUUUUGAUUGAUGUCUAUCAGUGAUGGAUUUACCUUAUCGGUUCCGCUUUAAAUGACGUUCAGCUUAUAGUCUUCAUAAAGCCUUCAUAAGCACUACAUAAAUGUGUUACAGUGCUAUAACAAUUUGUCAUGCAUUAUAAAGGGUUCAUAAAUGUGGCAUAACUAACAAAAUGACCAAUGUCAAAUGUGACAUAACCCAAUAUGUCAAGUAUGACAUAAACAUGCUUUAUAAAGGGGGACCUGAUGAAUGGCAUACGCUCUAAAGUGAGGUCAUGUUAGUCACAUUACACCUAAUCUCAAAUGUGCAGAAGGUCUAGUAGACCUACAUUUUAGUCAUUUAGCAGACGCUCUCAUCCAGAGCGACUUACAGUUAGUGAGUGCAUACAUCAUUUUAUUUUUCAUACUGGCCCCCCCAUGGGAAUCGAACCCACAACCCUGGCGUUGCAAACGCCAUGCUCUACCAACUGAGCUACAUUCCCUGCCGGCCAUUCCCUCCCCUACCCUGGACGACGCUGGGCCAAUUGUGCGCCGCCCCAUUGGUCUCCCGGUCGCGGCCGGCUACGACAGAGCCUGGUUAGGGUUAUGUUUAAAAUACAAUUUGAAGAAGAUAAAUUAUGGAAAUGGUGAGGGUUUAGCCAUAAUUAUGACUUUUUGACAGUGUUAACUAGUGACAAUGACAAAUACUUUACUCAGUAAGGUCACUCCUAUAGAAUUCUAUGGUCACUCCCACUAAGGCCAACUUUGAAUGGUUGAUAUCCCAGGCUUAUAUGUGCUGUGUGUGCAAUAGCCUGGGGACGACGUUACACCAAGAAACACUUACCUUGAUGAAGCCCCCAACCUAAAGAACUUGAAAGUGUCUUUCUUCUGUAACCAAGUUGCACGUUCCUCAGUACACAAACACGCACACAACAAAAACUAGCCAUACCGUGCAGUACUGGGCCACUCCCCCGCUGAAAGAUCAGCCGCAAAAUGUUGGCACCAUUGUAACAGGUUGUAAUCAAGCCCUGGUCUCCAGCAUGGGAACAUAAAAGGAAGACCUGGUGCAUUAGUCUCAGGUUGGACUACUCCAAAUCAUCUUGGUUCUGACACACAAACGCAAGCUUUGCAGAUUCAUCAACCCAUUUAAAUACCUCUCACAACCUACAGUAACCUGUGGAUCAUGAGAACCUUCAUAAAUCAGCAGAAUGUUAAUAACCUAUUUAUUGACACUUUAUGUAGUAUCCUGUAAUACUUAGUGAGACACCUUCGGUAAUUCAUAACACAUCCAAAAAGACUAUCACAUGACGCUGUACUUAAUUUAAAGUCAGACCCCUUUGGGCAUUUAUAAUACAUACAGUACCAGUCAAAGGUUUUGACACCUACUCAUUCAAGGGUUUUUAUUUAAUUUUUAGUAAUAGUGAAGACAUCAACACUAUGAAAUAACACACAUGGAAUCAUGUAGUAACCAAAAAAGUGUUAAACAAAUCAACAUAUAUUUGAGAUUCUUCAAAUAGCCACCCUUUGCCUUGACAGCUUUGCACGUUCUCUGUAUUCUCUGGAAUGCAUUUCAAUGAACAGGUGUGCCUUUUUAAAAGUUAAUUUGUGGAAUUUAUUUCCUCCUUAAUGUGUUUGAGCCAAUCAGUUGUGUUGUGACAAGGUAGGGGUGGUAUACAGAAGAUAGCCCUAUUUGGUAAAAGACCAAGUCCAUAUUAUGGCAAGAACAGCUCAAAUAAGCAAAGAGAAACGACAGUCAAUCAUUACUUUAAGACAUGAAGGUCAGUCAAUACGGAAAAUUAAGAACUUUGAACGUUUCUUCAAGUACAGUUGCAAAAACCAUCAAGCGCUAUGUUGAAAAUGGCUCUCAUGAGGACUGCCACAGGAAAGGUAGACCCAGAAGAUAAGUUAAUUAGCGUUAACUGCACCUCAGAUUGCAGCCCAAAUAAAUGCUUCACAGAGUUCAAGUAACAUACACAUCUCAACAUCAACUGUUCAGUGGAGACUGUGUGAAUCAGGACUUCAUGGUUGAAUUGCUGCAAAGAAACCACUACUAAAGGACACCAAUAAUAAGAAGAGACUUGCUUGGGGCAAGAAACACCUGUGGACAUUAGACUGGUGGAAAUUUGUCCUUUGGUCUGGAGUCCAAAUUGGAGAUGUUUUGGUUCCAACCGCCGUGUCUUUGUGAGACGCGGUGUGGGUGAACGGAUGAUCUCUGCAUGUGUAUUUCCCACCAUGACGCAUGGAGGAGGAGGUGUUAUGGUGUGGGGGUGCUUUGCUGGUGACACUGUCUGUGAUUUAUUUAGAAUUCAAGGUACACUUAACCAGCAUGGCUACCACAGCAAUCUGCAGCUAUUUGCCAUCCUAUCUGGUUUGGGCUUAGUGGGACUAUCAUUUGUUUUUCAACAGGACAAUGACCCAACACACCUCCAGGCUGUGUAAGGGCUAUUUUACCAAGGAGAGGGAUGGAGUGCUGCAUCAGAUGACCUGGCCUCCACAAUCCCCGACCUCAACCCAAAUUGAGAUGGUUUGGGAUGAGUUGGACCGCAAAGUGAAGGAUAAGCGGAAAACAAGUGCUCAGCAUAUGUGGGAACUCCUUCAAGACUGUUGGAAAAGCAUUCAAUGGGGAGAUGGGAAACUUCAUUCGAUUCGUAUUUUUAUAUUCCUCUUUAGUUUACAAAUCUCAAGACGUGACUAUGAGACGUGGCUGUAUCUAGGAUGAUUUUUAUUUAGCUGAGCUUGCUAAUUAUUUGAAAUAUCGACUGAGGUAGCUACAGUAUGUAAUCUAACUCAACUACUACAAACAUUUUAAAUUACAAUAAAUAAAGGUUAAGUUGGUUUUCGCUGUCCAGUGGCACCACAAGUGGGCAUUUAAUUUGCCAACUCGUCACAUGAUCAGCAUCUCGUCAGCAACACAAAAACAUUUAGUCUGGGUCACGGAAUUUCAAAAGAUGUAAAAAAUAAAACACCCCCACUUAAUAGUAGAAAGGUGUCUAACCUGUAUUGAAAACAUGUUCCAAGGUCACAUAAAUGCCCCCAAUGCGAAUCACUGUAUAUGGAGUACAUAUUGGCUUAAAUCACUGGGCAAGCCAACCAGUAAAAAAGCUAUUUUACUACCCAUUUUGUGAUAUUUGUGUUGUUUGCUCUAUAACCCAUUCAUUCAUAGGCCACCAUGAUAUACAAUAAGUCUGCGACAACAAAAAGACAAGUCACAAAGUGGCAGAAUAAAUUCAACUACACAUACGUUUGUUUCAUCACAAAACCGGAGAGCAACAUCUGUCCGGUGAAGAGCAAGAACUAUUCUGUGCCCCGCUGUAAAAGUAUUGUAGGGAAUACUCAGUAGGGUCUGUAGAAUGUGUAUACUGUGUAAUUUCAUGGGGCUCUGAAUAAUAUGGCGUGUUGCAGGCCUUUAACUCCACCCAUUUCAUUGGCGGCCACAAUGCGAAUCACUGUAUAUGGAAUACAUAAUCAUCACGUGGCUUACUGCGCUACAGAAAACCCGCUAACCAAACAGUGCAGGUCAUGCUCACUGAAUUACAGUUCUUAGAUUUUUCCCAGACCUCAAAAGUAAUCCCCUGAUGUGGUUAAAGCAUUCUUGUGAACAUAGAAAAUCUUAUUUUGUUGUUUUUAUUUAAAGUGUGAUACAAAUAUGGGAAAACCAGAAAAAAUGGGAGAAAUGCAAAAUCUGAAAAAACUCAACAGAGAGAACGGAAUUUUGGGGGUAAAAAUAGAUGUAGGCAAAAAAUACAAUAAAAGGUCACUGUGCAGUUUUGUCACACAACACAAUGCCACAGAUGUGUCCACCAGAGCUGUUGCCAGAGAAUUUAAUGUUCAUUUCUCUACCAUGAGAAAUUGGCAGUAUGUCCAUCUGGCCUCACAACCACAGACCACGUGUAACCACGCCAGCCCAGGACCUCCACAUCCGGCUUCAACUGCGGGAUGGUCUGAGACCAGCCACCCGGACAGCUGAUGAAAUUGUGGGUUCGCACAACUGAAGAAUUUCUGCACAAACUGUAAGAAACCGUCUCAGGGAGGCUCGUCUGCGUGCUCGUCGUCCUCACCGGGGUCUUGACAUGACUGCAGUUCGGCGUUGUAACUGACUUCAGUGGGCAAAUUAUCACCUUCAAUGGCCACUGGUACGCUGGAGAAAUGUGCUCUUCACGGAUGAAUCCCGGUUUCAACUGUACCGGGCAGACGGCCUGUAUGGCGUCAUGUGGGCGAGCAGUUUCUGAUGUUAAGAGUGCCCCAUGGUGGGGUUAUGGUAUGGGCAUGCAGAAGCUACGGACAACGAACAGAAUUUGCAUUUUAUCGAUGGCAAUUUGAAUGCACAGAGAUAGUGACGAGAUCUUGAGGCCUAUUGUCGUGCCAUUCAUCCGCCGCCAUCACCUCAUGUUUCAGCAUGAUUAUGCAAGGCCCCAUGUCGGAAGGAUCUGUACACAAUUCCUGGAAGCUGAAAAUGUCCCAGUUCUUCAAUGGCCUGCAUACUCACCAGCAAUGUUCCCUCUAAUUAUUUUGGGCACUGAGCAAAUUUCAGGUCUGCUGAGCGCAAACUUGAACGUUGUGAAAAUUCUGUGCAACUUCCAGCGCACGUUUACUGUGAACACUGAGGCUGUACUUGCUUUAAAUUAGUUUUUAAAAAGUGGCCAUGUAGGCUACUGUGGCUAUUUGAUCAUGUUAUAGGCCUACCAGAGUGGCCUACCAUCAAAAACAAGGGAUAAAAUGCAUCCCAUAACAUUUUAACAUGGAAAUAGCUGUGUAGUGUUUAAUGUAGGCCUACAUUCUGUGAGACCGCUCAUGCUGUAAACACAGUCCAGUUAAAAGUAAAUAGCACAGAUCCAUAUAUUGCAAUGGUCUAUUUGCAUAUAGGCCUACUGCAGCUCUGAUUUGUUUAUGCCGCACUGGUCUCUGUAGAGUACGGGCUGAGUAGUGUGUGUCAAUGCAGUAGAAUCCUACUCUGAUGCGUUCUGCCUACAACAAAGUCUCUUGCAUAGUUCAUUUUGUUUCGGUAUGUUGCAUUGAAAGUGGCUAAUAUUGCGUUGAUUCGAUCACAAUUGCUACAGUAAAGGGAAAUGUUGAUAGUGUUAACGGGAAAACUCUAGAACAGUGGUCACUAACCUUUUCUGAGUCAAGAUCACUUUCUGAGUCAAAAUGCAAGCCGAGAUCUACCGCUCAGAUGUUUUUUUAACAACGUAAGCCUAUGCAACAUUAACCAAUUAAAAACAGUACUGUAGCAAUGAGGUUUGUGGAGUAAACUAUAGGCCCAAUACAUUAUCACUGCAUAUUGGCUUUGCUACCAAUGCGUUGUUGUUCGAGCCAUUUUUGAAAAUUAUAUUUCUAAAUUUGAUGUAGGCUAUAUGAUCACACUGGUAAUCGAUCCGUUGUUAUAUUACUUGUGAAGCACAGUUGAGUGAGCAUAUAUUUAAAUAGUUUGCUUUUUAUUUUACUGGGCUGAUGGUGUCUGCUUCUGAUGGUCAGUCUCAGCGGAGGGAGAGAGCAGCAGACUGAGGGUCCGCCUCUCAACAUCCCUCCGCUCUCCCUUUCCUCCGCUGACACUGACCAAAAAGGGACAGUCUUCCAGCUGAUGGGGCAACUCGAGUCGGACCGCAUUAUUUCUGCCUCAUGCACAAAUUCAUGUUAUUCCUAUGAACAGAGAGAAUGAAUUAUUCCUUGAUAUUAAAAAAGACCCAAGCCACUAAUAAUAACAACGCAAGCCUAUAGAUACACUUUCCUACUCAUUCAUUACUGCUGCAGUGCAUGUUGUAGCUCUGAGUGGAAAUAGGAAGAACGCUCAUUUAAUGGCUUAUAAAAGUGUUGAAUACAAAGUGACACUGCUGAACUUCAACAUGAACUCACUCAUAAAAACAGCAUUACUUUGCUGUGUUCAUUGACAGUCUCUCUCUAAUCAUGGUAUUCAACGUUUUGAAAUCUCAGUAUCAUCUUUGUUGUAGCUUUCUUUUAUGAAUGCUACGUUACUGCAGACACGAUCAUCUGAGCCAUCCGAUUGGCCAGCGGUAGGCCUACAGUGCACUUGAUUUACUCUGGGCCCGCCAGGAAGGCAGAGUUUGUACCUUCAGACACAUUAAAUUGUUCAAAAUGGCAACAGUUUGCCUACCCUGCGCGCAGGGCAGCUGAAUCGGGUGCACCUACUGCCAACAGCCCAAGACUAAUAAAAUAAAAUAGGAACACAAAGCUUUAUCUUUUUUACCGAAAUGUUUGGCGAUCGACUAGGAAUGAUCGCGAUCGACCGGUUGGUGACCGCUGCUCUAUAAAGUUGAGUGAAGUUCAAUCUCCCUUUUUCUUCUUCCUCUCUCUCUCCUUUUCCUCCAGUCCCUGGUAGCGUUCCCCAAGCUAAAGCGGCAGGUGUUGUCCUACGACCCGGUGGUGGGCUCGCCCAAAGACUUUGCAGAGGGCACCCUCUUCUAUGUCAAUCAGGAGUUCUCACUAAUGUAAGUGUUCCCUAAUGUAAGUGUGACCGGCUGGGGUUUGCAACCCGGCUCUCCACCGCAACGCCACAGAGUUGGCUCUCUGGGCUGGCUUUACUUACAUUGCCUUCAGAAAGUAUUCAUACCCUUUGACUUAUUCUACAUUUUGUUGUUACAGCCUGAAUUCAAAAUGGAUUAAGUCUAAGAGCUUUGCACAUCUUUAUUGUACAAUAAUGCUUGCACAUUAUUUUUAAAGUUCUUCAAGCGCUGUCAAUUUGGUUGUUGAUCAUUGCUAGACAGCCAUUUUCAAUUCUUGCCAUAGACUUUCAAGCUGAUUUUUAAGUCAAAACUGUAACUAGGCCACACAGGAACAUUCAAUGUCAUCUUGGUAAGCAACUCCAGUGUAUAUUUGGCCUUGUGAUUUGAGUUAUUGUCCUGCUGAAUGGUGAAUUUGUCUCCCAGUGUCUUUUGGAAAGCAGACUGAACCAGGUUUUCCUCUAGGAUUUUGCCUGUGCUUAGCUCUAUUCUGUUGUUUUUUUAUCAACAAAAAAAAACUUCUUAGGCCUUGCUGAUGACAAGCCUACCCAUAACAUGAUGCAGCCACCACCAUGCUUGAAAAUAUUACAGAGACCUUCUCUUCAUGUGUUGGAUUUGCCCCAUACAUAACACUUGGUAUUCAGGACAAAAAGUGAAUUGCUUUGCCACAUUUUUUGCAGUUUUACUUUAGUGCCUUAUUGGAAACAGGAUGCAUGUUUUGGAAUAUUUGUAUUCUAUAGGCUUCCUUCUUUUCACUCUUCAUUUAGGUUAGUAUUGUGGAGUAACUACAAUGUUUUUUUAAUCCAUCCUCUGUUUUCUAUCACAGCCAUUAAAGUCACCAUUGGCCUCAUCAAAUUGUAUUGGUCACAUACACAUAUUUAGCAGAUGUUAUUGCGGGUGUAGCGAAAUGCUUGUGUUCCUAGCUCCAACAGUCCUGUAGUAUCUAACAAAUGAUUUAUAAGGCCAUUUAUUAAGCAGUUCUUAUGCCACCCUUUAUAAAGCACAGGUUUAUGUUUGUGUGUCAUGGUGAAAUCACUGAGCGGUUUCCUUCCUCUCUAGCAACUGAGUUAGGAAGGACGCCUGUAUCUUUCUAGUGACUGGGUGUAUUGAUACACCAUCCAAAGUGUAAUUAAUAACUUCACCAUGCUCAAAGGGAUAUUCAAUGUCUGCUUUUUUAUUUUUACCUAUCUACCAAUAGGUGCCCUUUGCGAGGCAUUGGAAAACGUCCCUGGUCUUUGUGGUUGAAUCUGUGUUUAAAAUUCACUGCUCGACUGAGGGACCUUACAGAUAAUUGUAUGUGUGGGGUACAGAGAUGAGGUAGUCAUUGAAAAAUCAUGAUAAACACUAUUAUUCCACACAGUGAGUCCAUGCAAGUUAUUAUGUGACUUGUUAAGCACAAUUUUACUCCUGAACUUAUUUAGGUUUGCCAUAACAAAGGGGUUGAAUACUUAUUGACUCAAUACAUAUUUCUAAAAACAUAAUUCCACUUUGACAUUAUUGGGUAUUAUGUGUAGGCCAGUGACACACAAUCUAAAUGUUAUCAUUUUUAAAUUCUGUCUGUAACACAACAAAAUGUGGAAAAAGUCAAGGGGUGUGAAUACUUUCUGAAGGCGCUGUAUCUUACAGGUUGAAUUUCUAAAGGUUGUCCUGUAUCUUGUAAGUGGCACAAAAAAGACCCACUAGUACCACCUCUAAAUAGUGUGUGUGUGUGUCCAGAAAAAACUCCAAGGUCCAAAAAAGGGGGAAGAUCAACCUAAUUGGCCGGCUUCAGCUCACCACAGAGCGAAUGAGGGAGGAGGAGAACGAGGGAAUCGUCCAGCUCAGGAUAUUGAGAACACAGGUACUGUAUAAGGGCUUCGCAUUGAAAGGUCAUUAUUGCAAAUAAGAUCUUUUUGAUUUCUCACAUCCUCCCUCCCUCCUCUCUUUCUCAAAGCACAAUGAGGCAGAAGAUCUGCGGUUUCUCCCCUUGGCUCUUCUCCUCCAAUGCAUUUUGAGAAGGAGGCGAGGAUGCAAGGAAUCAAGGAAAUACAGCACAAUUGAGAUUCACCCUCUCUCUCUUCUCCUGGUCUCUCCCUUUCCAGGAGGCCAUCAUCCAGAUCAUGAAGAUGCGCAAGCGGAUCACCAACGCCCAGCUGCAGACAGAGCUGGUAGAGAUCCUCAAAAACAUGUUCCUGCCCCAGAAGAAGAUGAUCAAGGAGCAGAUGGAGUGGCUCAUCGAGCACAAGUACAUCAAGCGCGACGAGACUGAUCUCAACACCUUCAUCUACAUGGCGUAA